AUGGGCCGCGACGUGCAGGCCGUCGUCACCAAGGCGGCCAGCCCCGUCGCGUGCCUCACCACUACGAUGGUGGCCGAGAAUGGCACGGCGGCCCGGGCCAUUGCGGCGGUCGAGCGCGAGGUGCGCUCGCUGGUGAGUCCUGCCCUGGUCAACACGCCCCGGGGCAGCAUCACCUUCGCAGCCUCGGAGUCGGCCUUGCCCCUGGUGCAGAGCGUCAACGCCUCGGGCUGCCUGCAUUCGUCUCUCAUCAGCCACGGACGCGCAUUGCCAGCGGCGGAAGCCCUGGGCCAGACGCAACGAGCGGGGGCUCGGCCUCGGCGAGCCAGGCCCGUCGCAUCGGCAAAGCCCAAGUCGAUGCUGGCCGUCAUUUCAUGCGGACCAUUCCGGGAGGGGGUCAUCACGUUGUUGCUCACCUGCCUGGGCAGUGGGGAGGUGCGCAAGCACUGCGAAUACGAACUGGUCGGGGCGGCAGAGGACGAGCAUUCGCUUGUCCUGUUGUUCAUACAUCCGCUCGCGCCACCGGCCGACGUGACCAUCCUAAUCGCUGAGAAGUGCCACGGGAAGCCUGUGGUGCUGGUGUGGGCUCAGGAUACGAUGGGACAUCAGCCCAAGGACCUGCCCCAGUUGGACUAUGAGCCUUGCGCCUCGCUCGAGCUGUGGUACAACUCGAGCUUCAGCUUCUUCUUCCCUCCCGCGCUGGACCACCCGGACCGCAACGAACGGGCGCUGGCCCACUUUGAAGAGACGCUGCGCCACCUCCGGCUCCUUCCUCCCGCCUCACCCGCCGCCGAGGCCGCCCAGCAGCCAGCCAGCAACCGAAAGAAGUCGCACUAA